AUGUCAAUACUGAAAUCUGUCUAUUUCUAACCCAAAUUUAUCAAAUCAAAAUUAUAUAAUAUUAAUUUUAAUGAAUUAGAAGAACAAUAAUAGCCAUUAUACAUCCAGAGAUAACCAUCCUACAAUUGCACCUGCUCGUAGAGGAAUUUCGAGCUUUCUUUUAAAAACAUAUUCGAUGGUUAUGGUAUGUAUGACAACUCAUAUUCUUGUAAUCCAGACCUUUAAUUUGUGAAUCAAAUAUAAUGAU